CUGCAGAGCACUUCAGCUGGAAUCGUCGGCACGCGGAACGCUCGUAACCAAUUUGCAGCUGUGAACAUCAAACAUAUUUACGUAAACGAUUACGGAGAAGAGGACACUAAGAAACAAUUGAGAGUCACGCUCAGCAAAGGUGAGGACAAAUGGAUUUAUUUUUGGACGUCUUUCAACAGAGAGGCCAAUCCUAGAACUUUGUAUAUUCGCUUCGACGGUGAACAAGUUUUGGCGUCAAUUGCGAGUUAUUCUGUCUUCUAUAAUUCGAUCACCGUGACAACUAGUAGAAAAUGGUCUUGCCUGCACUGGUCUUUGAACAAAGGCCAAUACGGUUACGGGGAUUUUUCGUCUUAUUCAAACUAUCGGCGCAGUUCUGGGUUUGAAUUUUACACUGACAAAGUUGAUAUUCGAGUGUUGCCAGACAACAUACCAUUGGGGCCGUCAAAGGACCUUGAAUGCUUUGACAAACAGUUUCCCUCAUUGAAGACGGCUACCAAAAACAGACUCCGCGUUAAUAUCACCAAAAUGUUUUACAAAAAAAUUGGAAUUUCCAAAUGGUGUUGUAAGGAUGUAAAGGAAGAAAGUACUGUUAUAGACCUUACAGAAGGCCAACCAAAGAUAAUUUCGCUGAAAUAUGUAUCAAUAACUGAUAAGAUUGGUGCGUCCAAAGAACUGAAAAGGCGAUUUAGGGAUGAAAAUCCACGAAAUUUAACUAUGAUGUUCAGUAAUGGUAUCUUGUAUACUGGCAUGGCGAAGUUGAAGGAAACCGCUUACCACACCGGCAAACAAUGGUUCUACGAUUCUUCGUGGGAAUGUGUGAACAUUACCAUAGCAACGAAGGGCAGAAGUGUGGAUACCGCAAGUAGAUUGGACUUUUUUAGUUACUAUAGCAACGCCGGUCCUGUUACAACCAUACAGAGAAGAACAGACUAUGUGUUGCUGGACGUUCAAUCGUCACAUGCUGAACUCUUGUCAUCCUCUGUAACGGUUUUCAUGAUUGGGCUAAUCGCAGGUCUGCGAAAUACGCUCAAUAUGUAA